GGCGGAAGCUUGGAGUCCCGUUCAGAGGUUUCUUGCUGGAUGUUACCCCUUCGCCAGAUCUUUGUAUCGAGGUCAUCAUGUCUCCAUUCAUCUCGUUCUCAUCUUCAUGCUGCGCGCCUUGCUUUGGCUCAUAUCCACACUGUCAACCACGAACCUGGAUCCGUUGCGAAAUUUCACAGGGAUAUAACAUUGGCACAAUCAUCAGAAUCAUCGCUUGAUUCUGUACCGGAUGUCUUGCAUUCCCCUACGGACGAAACUGAGAAGCCAAAGCGCAAACGGCGGUCCAAAAAAACCGCACCACCAACAAAGGUGCGCGUACCGCUUGAACCUAGCAAGACAGAGCAAUACCUAUUAGCCCUUCAAAACCAAGGCCUGGAACCAUCCCUGAAAGAUCUGGAACGCCUUCGACCUGCCGGUCAUCCGCGUCCUGGCACCAACAAAUAUGCGGAAGCGUAUGGUGCGCUGGUGGACUCUAUGUGUCGGUCGUUCAGCAGCGAACAGUUACGUCAGUUCGCUGUUGAUUUUGGCCUUUCUGGAAAGUAUACCCAUUCGCGACGGCGCAAGGUGGAAUAUGCAGAGGCAAUCAUAGAGCAAAUAUGGCAAUGGCCAUCCUUGAGGGAGCUGGAACGGAAGCACAGGGAUAAAACCGUCAUGACGGCUCAAUCUUUUCCUCUAGAGCAGAGUCACCUAUUUCUGAUUAUCGGCAAAGAUGGAAGUGACCUCCUGCAAUUAUCCACGCAAUUCAAUGUGCACGUAUCCCUUGUGCAAAAUCCGUUGGCUUUGA